GCCUCACUGCACGAAGAGUGAGCAGCAAAUCCUGCGACGUCUGCAAUGUAUGAUUAAACUUAAUAACUGGUGGCCUUUAUGGAGUCCCAUCGUUAACAAGUUCACUGGGCACUAACAAAAGAUCCGAUAUUAGCACAAAACGGGCAGGAAAUCGAUUGCGUAGGUUGGAAAAAGGACACUUGCCCCACCUCAGUUUAUUGCCGCCUUUAAUCAGACAACAGUUUUGCCUCACUCCUCAGAAUUCGAGUACCUUCAUCUUCAGUUUUAGGUCACAGAGAACCAGCAAAGCUUAAUAUAACGAUGGCCAUGUUCAUUUUCCUUUUAUGUAUCGGAGCUUUCAUCAGAAUGUCCGAAUCAUCUACCUGUCAUGCGCAGUGUGAUUACGACCACGUGACUGCAAGGGCCGACUGCUCCUCCCGUAAUCUGACAUGUAUCCCCGUCAACUACCCAGACUCCCUCAUCAUGGAUCUCAGCCACAACGCCAUAUCGAUGCUGGAACCAGGCGGCUUCAACGGGACAUUUACGAGGUUGGUUGAGCUGUACCUUGACAACAACGCCAUAUCUGAUGUGACGUCACUGCUGCAGUCAACCGGGUUGGGGAGCCUGAAGAAACUAUCGAUGGACCAUAACAUCGUUAAUGACUUGCCCUAUUCUUGUUCGCUUAGUGCCCUCGAAGAGAUGUCACUGGACUACAACUCACUCAGUGACUUACGCAGGAUUCCCUCUUGUAACAGUAUAAAGAGAUUUUCAGCUAAUUCAAAUGAAAUACAAAGUGUUCAUUUGCCAAGAUAUGUCCGUAUCUUCCCUUCAUUUAUCAGCUUGCGGUUCAACAGGAUAGGGGAAUUUUUUUGGUACCUACGUCGUCGAGGUAUGAUUACCCCUAAUGUGACCUUUUUACUAGAUCACAAUGAAAUCACGAAUGUUGAAAUAAGGAUUGAUGACUAUUUCCCCAUGGGACUAGGCCUACUUUCUCUUAGUCAUAACGGACUGCAACACAUUAAGACCCCACUUCCCACUAAGUUCAUCAUUGCCAGCAAUGGGUUACGUGAAUUCAGUGGAUUUAAUUUCUUUCAGCGUGAGGAAACAUUACUAGAGGAGCUAGACAUAAGGAACAACUCGUUUGAUUCCUUGAUACAACCAGAAUGGGCAGAAGGUCUUCAGAUCUUAUACGCUGAUGAUAACAUACUGGCCAACCUGUCCUCUACAACCCUACAAGGAUUCGGCAGCCUGACGGAGCUCCAUCUAGCAAAUAAUCGACUCAUGUUCAUUUCAUCAACGGCUCUGAGUCAACUCACUAAGCUACGGUCUCUGUAUCUCGAUGGCAACGCCCUGACGUCAUUGUUUGGUGAAAUAUUCCUCAAGCAAGGAGAACUAGUGGAGCUUUCAAUCGCAAACAACCAACUCCACCAGUUAUAUCCGGAUUACUUCCUCGGUCUGAACUCACUGGAACGUCUGUAUCUCGCUGGCAAUCGACUGGUUUACGUCCAACCAGAGAUGUUCCGGCAGAUGCCUGGCCUUACAACGAUGGAUUUCUCUAAAAACGAACUUGAAGUCUUUGAUAUCACAAAUUGUAGCCUUCUCAAAAACGUAACGAACCUCCUGCUGGCUCACAAUUCCAUUCAUGCCGCCAGCUACAUACUUGGCCAUUGCAAUAACUUAAUAGUCCUGGACUUGAGUUUCAACCAGAUCAAAAUGGUUCCAGGUGACUCUCUUACUGAGGGAAACAGAGCGCUAUCGAAACUUGAGCUGGAAGGCAACCCGCUUUAUUGUGACUGCCGGUUGAAGGGUCUGCGUGACUGGCUUCGCAACAAUCCCCCGUCUGUUCUCCCUCGAUGUCAUGGUCCAUCGCAAUACUCUGAAGCAGUGGUUACAGAUUUGGACAAACAAUAUUUCAUCUGUGAUCCUCCAAAGGCCGUGACUGACGUGAACCCCCUCAAUGUGAUAGUCGGUCAGACAGCGAUUUUAUCAUGCACGGCGACUGGUAUACCCAUCUCCUUCAUAACAUGGCUGGAUCCCAACGGCACGGUGAUACCAGAUGAAUCGCAAGGCCGAUUUAUCAUUUCAAUAAAGAUGAAUUUGCACAUCAUUUCAGUGAAGCUAUCUGAUCAAGGAAUGUACGCGUGUUUGGUCCAAAAUAUCCUGGGUGAAAUGGACAGAGCUGUGGUCAAUCUCACUGUUACCGAAGACCAGAUACCACCAUUAAUGACCAAAGUAGGUCCUUCUUUGGCUGCUGUUGUUCUCCCCACCAUGUUUAUCACCAUCGUUUUUAUGCUCCUUGUCUUCGUCUUGGUUAUUUGCCUUCGACGGCGGUACAAGAAGAGACACCACCAGACUAGCUCUGCAACUCCUGGACCGCAGAAUUCUGAGCUUGCCGUAACUUUCCAACAAGGAAAGGCAUCCAACUCAGACGGAGUCUACGUCAAUGAAGUCGCUGAUCAGGAGGGCUCAACUGCAAUACAAAGAGCAGGCAGCAACGAUGAAUAUCAGGAUACCAUACGGACGGACGAGCCUCCACAAGUCUACCAAGAGCUGAGAAUGGAGAACAAAGAUGACUUUUAUGAACCCGUGGCUAGCUCCAGGAGGUAAUCAGUCAUUAAAGUGUGUCCCCCAAUAACAAGAGCGAAACUGAUCUAUUUAA